GUUGUUAUUAGAGCUGGUCUCAACGAAAAAAUCGCUGCCACAAUUCUGAGCCAUUAUAGAAACGUGUGCUGUCUAUCAAAUGCCGUCAUGUCAUCGCCUUAGCGGGAGAGUCGUAAAAGGCGGAGUUACAGCGGUCAUUCAGCGGUCGAUGAUGUCAUAACAGCAGACGAACAAACGAGUCAUUUUACAGUGGCUUUCAGUUGGUUGCGACAAGUCGCGGAAAACGCUGCACUCUACUUCGGCUUAGCGCCAUGGACGAGACAGAUCUACAAGGCAACGUCAAUUCGCUCGAAAAAAAUCAAAAGAGAAAACGCAUUCUGGAUGAUAAAGCUUGUGAGGUGUGUGGUGAUCGUUCCACUGGGAAACAUUAUGGAGUGUACUCAUGCGAUGGGUGCAGUGGCUUCUACAAAAGAACGUCCCGACGAGCGGAGCCCUGGCUGUGCAAAGGCCAGGGACAUUGUCCGGUGGACAAAAGCAGUCGCAAUGACUGUAAAGCUUGCCGGCUCAAGAAAUGUGUCGAGAUCGGCAUGAAUUUAGACGGUGUGUAUCGCCGUUCAAGAUUGAGUGAAGAACUUAUUCAAUCACCUCCUUUAGAUGGUUCAGCAGUCAAUGCACAGAGUGACAUGCGCAUUGAGGGGUCACCAUCGCCGGAAGCUCUCGGUUUUCCUGUUGCGACCUCGCAAAUAAGGCUUGCUCAAAUAAAAACAGUAAUGGUUAAAACAGAAGAGCAGCCAAAUCAACAACAGCAGCAACUUACAGAACAGCAAAAAAAUACAGAAGAACAGCAACAUACCACAGAAGAUAUUCAGAAAGCACCCUCAAGUCCGAAAUCUUACGACGAAACACGAGACGACGAAGUUGUCGCUCGGCAACCAAACGGAAAUCCUUCGGAAAAUAACAACCACUACAGCCCAAUCCAUCGGGCUUCUCCUUACACCACCCCACUGACGUGUUCACCCAUCCCUAGCCCUGUCAGGGUGUCCUUAACUGUACAGGGGAGUGGCACAAACAUCCGUCCUGGUUUAUCCACAACACCACUCUCUUCGCAAAGAUUCCAUUCCCCUAUAUCGUCAAUUCAUCAGAACGGAUACCAGGGUUCAACCGCCUCCUUUCCUAAGCUGCCUAACGGAGACGCUGCUAUCAACAGCCAUCGAAUGACAUCCACGGCUCUUGUGUCUUUCAGGAACGUCCAAAGGCACUUAAAGGCCUCGCAGAUAGGCCUAUCAGAGCUCCAUCAGGCGGUGGAACCUCUUUCGUUUCACACCUCUGAGCCUCUCCAUGACGCAGCUGUACGUCUUCUAUCGGUAUCACUGAGGUUUGGUCGCAGACUUCCUUGCUUCAGGCGCCUGCCUUUUCGUGACCAAGUUAUCCUUUUGGAAGAAGGAUGGAGAGAAAUGUUGCUUCUGGAUUCAGUUUUCUGGAUGCUGUCACCAGGAGGUGUUACUGAGGCGGAGAGCAAUCAGCGACGUGAACAAGAAUUUAAGAACAUGCAAGAGGCUCUUAUGCCUUUGAAAUCACUAAAGUUGGACAGCUCUGAGUACGCAUGUCUCAAGGCUAUCAUCCUUUUCAGGACAAAUAUUCAGGGUCUUAAAGCAGCAGAUCAAGUCGAAGAACUUCAAGACGAGGCUCAGCUUAUACUUGCAGAUUACAUUUGGUCCAGACUUCCGGCUCAACCGGCUCGCUUUGGUAAAAUACUUCUGAGUGUGGCUGCUCUGCGCAGUCUCGCCGAGAAACCAAUUGAACACUUGUUUUUCAGUUCUGUUCCCGCCAAAGACAUGUUUGAGUCCAUAUUAUCACAAGUGAUAAGUUCUAACUGAAUGGUUACUGAGGAAAUUGACGUCCUUUUCUUCUCCAGAUGUAGGGUUAGAGUUUCGCAUGCCUGAUUUUAAGGCUAACUGGUUUUAUAUACGAGUAAAGUAAUUUAUCUUGAGUUUUCUUGCAGUAAGUAACGCUUAUAGAUACGAUUUUCCAGACAUCUUGUCCGAGCAACCAACCAGCCAAAUAAUCAGGAUAACAGGAUAGAAAGGUUCUGCCAUAAUCUUUAUCGUUCGUGUGGUCGAGUUUUAGACGAGGAUAUUGCUCUUUUAUGUUACUGUGGGAAAUAAAUUGCUAAAAGAAUAAUUUUUAACCUAUUAUACGGUGACAUGCGGAAAAUAAUACAAUCGACUGUUUUGUGAAAACCGAAACGGUCAGGAGAGAAUUUCUGAGUAUUACGAGCGCGUAACAAAGGGCGUGGUGGCUGUCAUGAAAGUGCAAUCAAACGAAUUGCAUCUCAAAAGGUGCUUCGAACUGUGCUGGGAUGAGAUUUGCUCCACUAUAUUUAAUAAAGAGAGGGGACAACCUCGUUUUCUGAA